UCUGGAUUCGCGGGAGGUGCCCUGAACCGCCGCAUAUGACCUUAACCCAACCUUCGUGCCUUCAUCGUAGCACUCCAACCUGAGCCAGUGGCUUAACACAGGUGUGAUGGCUUCGGUCAACAGACGCCCGACAGAGGCUUUGUCGCCGCAAGCGGCGCAAGCGGGAUGCCACGCAGCCACGAGGGAGCUCUUAGCGGGUCAUUAGGCGCGGCCAUGUCCAUCAGAGCGUCUGACGAACUCGCUGGCAAUGCCAAAUGGCCUGCCAAACGGCUGUCCCACGGGACGUCGUCCGAGCGCGCAACCAAACCUCGACGAGGUCUGCCAAGUCUUCCUUCGUCCACUCGUCAUCAAACUCUGGAGCAGCCAGCGAAGAAAUCUCUGUCCGCGAGGGACGCAAUACUUCCGCAGGCACCGGUGCGAGAUCAGUUGUCUGCACCUAGGAAGCUGAUCGACUCCCCAAAGAUCCGCAUCCAAAGUCUCAUGCAUGCACCCCGAUAAUCACCUGCAAGUUAUGGUUCCCCUCAGCCCCAUGCAACGCGUGCCUCUCCCGACAAUUUAGAGCUUUCCCCCGCCUCUUGCCUGCAGCCCCGUUCGUGCGCGCUGUGACUGUGAGAGAUAGUCCAAU